ACAGACCUUCAAUGCAUUGUUCUUAUUUUUUGACAGCCACCAAAAAAAGAUGUGCUGUACUUAACAACUGUGGUCAGAGUAAGGUCAUGUGGAGUGGCUAAGUCAGCCCAACUACCCAAUUCUAACUAUUAAAACUAAAAAAAAAAAUAAUAAUUCAUGAAAAUAUUGAUACCAAUUCGCAUGGGCAUCACUCUGUAAGCCCUUAUAACGAAAACUAUGUGCAAGCCAUCUUUUUGUUUUUUUUUUUUCAAAUCAGUGACAGUUUUCCUUCUCUUCAGUGUAACUACUUCAUAACCACAAACAGUUCAUAAAGCUUUCGUUCAAUUUCUUUGUCCACACCAUCCCAUUGUGGUCUUCCUUAAAGGAUCACAGCAUUUAAGCAGCUCUUUUAGUUUCAUAACAGCAACUCAUGCUAUGAUUCACGUGCACAUCAUUUUGGCUUUCAUCAAACAUCAUAUUACUUCCUUUUUGAAUGGGGUACAUCAUCUUACAGACACUAGAAAACGUAUUCAUUUAUUUACUGACGUUUGAUUACCGGGAAAGUCCGACUAGAUAGAAGCCCCAUUUUCAGCGGAGGUCUAGAAGAAAAGCUCCAAAAUGGCAACAGUCAUUGAAGUUAUUUACUGAUGAAUGUUCGUUACAUGCAAAAACGGCAGGAAAUAGAAAACUUGUAGCAUGGCUAGGUGGAUGGUGAAAGGUGAGCUACAACAGGCGUUUUGGUCACUAUAAAAGGCAACUUGGUUCCAGAUUAGUUUCUGACGACAGUUAUCAAGUUACUAUUCCCAAAGUACUUUACUCAAAUCAAUAUACAAUUAUAAUACUUCUCGAUAUAUCUUGACAUCUUUCUGUUAGCCUCGGUUACUUUACACCUUGUUUGCUCAUUACUACAAGUAUGGUAACUCUUGUUCAAGACCGGAAACAUGUAAACCCAACAAUCUCCAAUGCUAUGGUUUCGGUAAAUUAUACCGUACGUAUUCCAUACCAAUUGUGUAGCAUUUUUGUUAGAUGUAAAUACUUGCAAAGUCCACUAUGCACCGGGUCAUGACAAAAAAUAUCUGAAAGUUGAAGUAAGUUAAUGAAAUUGACGUUUCGCCCAGAAUAGGAAAGAUCCAAGUCAAGCAAUAACUACUUAACACAUUGAGAUGAGCCUGUAUAAUUUUUCUACAUUGAAACGCUGGAGAGGAGAGCAAUGAUAAACCUGAUCAGAGAGCGAGAGGAUCCAGGACACUAAAACACAACCGUUUUCCAUCUUCCGGUUGAAACGACAAACAUAAACAUCACUUUCUUACAGCACUCACUUGCCUCUCUCAAAAUGGUAGAAUUGCAAGACAGAGACGGAUAACAUCACCGAACGCCGCCUCUAUCAAGAUGGAGGUAGUUGAGGAGCAGCGCCCCCUCUGGUCACAUAGUUGCGCUACUACUUCUGCUGCUCUGAGGAUGCCUAUUGAAAGCGUGAUGCAAUGAAUCCGAAGGCGAGUGAACAGGAGUGAGAGAAACACCAACCACCAGGGUGCUAUAAUGGGGGGUUGCAACAAUAAAACCUAGUUUGGAGUACUGUUCCUGGUUAUCAUUGGACAUGGCAGGGCCUGCUGCCCUACAGAUUGAAAAAGAAGUAUAUUUCUUGGUUGCGAGGUUCCUGCAAUCUGGACCGUGUAAAAAAUCUGCUAAGGUCCUUGUCGAAGAGCUGGAUGAACACCAGCUUAUCCCAAAGCGUCUGGACUGGAAAGGAAAGGAACACAAGCAGACUUUUGAGGACUGGGUGUCUACCAAUAAACACAUACCUCCAGACUACCUGCUCCAAGUCUGCAAACGUGUUUGCCCCCUUUUGGACAAAGUCGUCCCCCCAAGUGUUCCAGGAGUUCGCACAUUACUAGGUGUUGGGCAACAGUCACUCCUAAGGAAUUCAAAAGACUGUAGCUGUAAAGAAUGGAAGGGAUCAGCACUAGCAGCAUUACACAACGGCAGGCCUCCAGAACCACCUUUAAACUCUGGAAAAUCGCCAAAUUUAGUCAAAUUAAUCGGUGCCAGAUCAUUAACUGGUUGUGCCCGUUUGAGCAACCUUUUCCCAACUUCCAUGUAUCAGCACAAAAAGAUGCAUAGGAGAAUUCUGGGACAUCUGUCAGCUGUGUAUUGUAUAACAUUUGAUCGUACAGGAAGAAGAGUUUUUACAGGGUCAGAUGAUUGCAUAGUGAAAAUAUGGGCAACUGAUGAUGGUCGCCUUUUAGCAACAUUACGAGGUCACUCUGCAGAGAUCUCCGAUAUGGCCGUAAACUAUGAGAACACACUGUUUGCUGCUGGCAGCUGUGAUAAAGUAAUUCGAGUGUGGUGCUUACGAACUUGUGCUCCUGUUGCUGUCCUCCAUGGACAUUCUUCUUCCAUCACAUCCAUACAGUUCUGUCCAGCAACAAUAGGAACAAAGCGAUACCUCACAUCAACUGGUGCUGAUGGGACUAUUUGUUUUUGGCAGUGGGAAAUGGACACUAUGAAAUUCAAUGAUCGUCCUCUGAAGUUUACAGAAAGGUCUCGACCUGGUAUGCAGAUAAUUUGCUCUUCAUUUAGCCCUGGUGGAAUGUUUAUAGCAACUGGUAGCACUGACCACGUGAUAAGAGUGUAUUAUUUGGGCUAUGAAUCCCCAGAGAAGGUUGCAGAAUUAGAAGCUCACUCGGACAAAGUUGUAGCUGUUCAGUUCUGCAACACUGGUCGCAGGAAUAACAAUUCAUCUGUGGAGGACAAAGUUGCUAAACUGAAAGUGAGUAUGGUGACAUGGGACAGAUGGGAUAACACGAUCAUUACUGCAGUUAACAACUUCCUGCUUAAAGUAUGGAGUUCCUACACAGGCAGUCUUCUUCAUGUCUUAUCAGGUGAUAUAGAAAAUAAAGGAGGACUUGCCAAGAAUGCUACUUAUAACACCCUUUUAGCUGAGACAACACUGGUUUUAUCUCCUGCUGAGAAUUUUAUGGAUAUAACCUCCUGUACUGCUGCCCGUAAAGCUAGUAGUCAUUUAUGGCACAGUCUGAAGACAAUUGAAGGCCAAGGUCAUGGUGCUGUGUUUGAUUGCAAGUUCUCUCCAGAUGGACAAAAUUUUGCAUGCACUGACUCACAUGGACAUCUUUUGUUGUUUGGGUUUGGUUGUAGUAAGCCAUAUGAAAAGGUUCCAGAUCAGAUGUUCUUUCAUACAGAUUAUCGACCUCUCAUUCGAGAUGCUAAUAACUAUGUCCUGGAUGAGCAGACCCAGCAGGCUCCCCACCUUAUGCCUCCCCCCUUCCUAGUAGAUGUAGAGGGUAACCCCCAUCCUACGCAUUACCAGAGACUUGUUCCAGGGCGGGAGAAUUGCAAAGAUGAGCAGCUUAUUCCACAGCUAGGAUAUGUAGCAAAUGGCGAUGGAGAGGUGAUUGAGCAGGUGAUUGGACAGCAAACUGCUGAGCAGGAUGGCAGUAUUCUAGAUGGGUACAUCAGAGAGCUACUGAGAGAACAAGAUGAGAGACUCGCUGAUGGAGAGAUUGUCCAAAUUCCCCAGCUUAACCAGUCAUACUCAGUUCAUGGCGUCUUAAGGAGUCACAAUGUAGCUUCAGUGCCUUUGCCAAAUGUUGGACUUCGACGCAGUGGUCAGAUUGAAGGCGUCCGACAGAUGCACAUUAAUGCUCCUCGGAGUCAGAUGGCAACAGAAAGGGAUCUUAUGGCCUGGAGUAGGAGAGUCAUGGUCAAUGAAUUGCAUCCAGGAGUUGGCAGCCAUCUGGCUGCGUUAAAUCUGUUUUUAGAAAACCAAAGGCUUAAACGCCUCAUGCUUAGGAUGGAUCCCGAAUUGGCCACCCACGCCAAACAACCUCGGAAGAAAGCCAAGGUUUGCCGGCCUUCUCCAGACACCACUCUGCCUUUGGAUGUUCCAGCUAUCAUUCUAAGAGCGAAGGGACACCCAUUUACUCCAGUUCCAGCGGCUCCUCUGGAAGGGGCUGUAUCAGUAGCCAUAGAAAGCAUGUCAGCGGAGUUGAUUCAGACAUCGGUCAUAACUGACUUUGAGAGGGAACCAUCGCUUGACCUGCCAACUGAGACUUAUACUUCAGUGCAGGCCUCUGUUUCCCUACCUACCCGGACACCCACUCCUACUAAAAGGAAACCGAAAACAAAAUACUUGAGCCCAACUCCUCAAGUAGCCCUAGAUUGGGAAUCCUUUACCUCUUCUUUGAUGCAGGCUUUUAUGGCACUUAGGCCUACAGGCCCUACUGCCACUAGCAUCCCUGUGCUGAGUCCUAGGCUGGCCUCUGCCGCCUCCCUGCCUUUAACCUCUGUUCAGCAAGCAGUUACUCACGAUGACACUGACCAGUCUUACUUCUCCUCUGCGGAAUCUGUCUCCUAUGUCUCUCAGAUUGCCUCUCCCAUAGAUUAUUACUCACCUGAAGAGGAAUCUAUUGAAGGGGACCUCCCACCUGAUGACUUAUCAUUUGGAGAGACUAUUUCAAAAAUGAAAGAGUAUUUCAAGUGGGUUACUUCUUUAGUCUCUGAAACCCAGAAGAGAUACUUUGAGCUUCUACAGCUUGACUCCCCCUCACCUUCAACCAUCCCUCCAGUGCUCCCAGCUUUCUUGGAUGCCUUCACUUCUGUUUCCAAGAACCCAGACUUUCAAACUCCUGCCCCUAAAAGGCCGGAUAGGUUUUACAAAGUCUGUGAUGACUACAAGUUCCUAAUAAAAUCACCCUUGCGCGACCCAGUAGUUAUUGCAGAUGAUCAGCAGUUGUACUGUGGAAGAUUCUUGAGGCGAUCCCAGCGUAAAAGACAGCAUAAUUACCAAACCCGCUCCACUAAAGAACAACACCCUCGAUCUAAGGAUCGGAGUACACGCACAACUGAAGAUUCUGAAAAUUCUUCCGAGCAGGAGGCAGAGACUGCAGAUGUGAGUGAAGCGUCUGCAGGGGAAGCUGAGUGGCAGAGUGGAAGCAUUUCCAGUGAUUCUAGUGAAUACUCUGACUGGACCGCAGAUGCUGGGAUUGACCUCCAGCCUCCUAAACGGCAAACAAGGCUAAGAACUCGGAAGUACUGUAGCAGUUCUGAGGAUGAUAAUACCAAGGAGGAAAAGGGAACAGUGAAAAAAAGAAAAAAAUCCAAACGGGUAAAACGAAAGAAACCAAAUGGGCUUCUUUGCUCUGAGGGAGAACUUUGUGAAGAAUGGCUUCCUCCUCCAUGGAUCCUGGAGACAGUACCACGCCGUUCACCCUAUGUACCACAGAUGGGUGAUGAGGUCAUCUAUUUUAAACAAGGUCAUGAGGCAUAUGUCAGAGCUGUUAGAAAAGCCAAAGUCUACAGUGUAAAUCUGCAGAAGCAGCCAUGGAAUAGAAUGGAGCUGAGGGAACAGGAGCUUGCAAAAAUCAUUGGAAUUAAGUAUGAAGCUGGGCCACCAACCUUGUGCUGUUUGAAGCUUGCUCUCCUAGAUCCCAUCUCAUGCAGAAUGACUGAGGAGUCCUUCUCACUCAAAUACCAUGAUAUGCCAGAUGUCCUUGAUUUCUUGGUACUGCAUCAGUUUUAUGUUGAAGCUAAAGAAAGGAAUUGGCAAACAGGGGACAACUUUCGUAGUAUAAUAGAUGAUGCCUGGUGGUUUGGGACAGUGAGCAGUCAGCAACCCCUUCAGUUUGAAUAUCCCGACAGCUUGUUCCAGUGCUAUAAUGUGAGGUGGGAUACUGAUGAAACUGAGAAGAUGAGUCCUUGGGAUAUGGAGCCUGUUCCUGAAGGAGCUGCCCUCCCUCUAGACCGUGGAGCUGGUGUUCCUGUUACAGCAGAUGAGUUUAAAGCACUGUUAUACAAACCUCAAGAGGGAGAAUGGGGUGCUCGAAGCAGAGAUGAAGAGUGUGAACGCAUUAUUCAGGGGAUCGAUCAGCUGUUGACAUUUGAGAUAUCAACUCUGUUUUCUGCUCCAGUAGACCUUGGCGCCUAUCCAAUGUAUUGCACUGUGAUAACUUAUCCUACAGACCUUAGCACCAUCAGAAAGAGAGUGGAAAACAGGUUUUAUAGGAGAAUCUCCGCUCUGAUGUGGGAAGUACGUUACAUUGAGCACAAUGCCAGGACAUUCAAUGAGCCACGUAGUCCAAUAGUAAGAUCUGCCAAAAUAGUUACAGAUGUUUUAUUGCACUUUAUUAGGGACCAGAAUUGCACAGAUAUUUUUAAGAUAUAUAAUGAUAUCAAGGCAGAAGAAGAAAGCAGUGCUGGAGAAGAGGAGGAGGAGGAAGUGGAACCUGAAGUGGACUCUGAUGCUCCUGGAACUUCUGCAGGCCGUAUACAUCUCCGAUCCAGAUCGCUUUCUAAACGACAAGCUGCAAAAGUGGAUGUUGAUGCUUGGAAGGACAAAUGCAAGGAGCUCUUAGACCUGUUGUUUCAGUGUGAGGACUCUGAGCCAUUCAGGCAACCGGUUGACUUGGUUUCCUACCCAGAUUAUCGGGAGAUCAUUGACACCCCCAUGGAUUUUAACACGGUGAAAGAAUCCAUUCAAGCAGGGAAUUACAAGACUCCAAUGGAGUUUUGCAAGGAUGUUCGACUGAUCUUCAGUAACUCUAAAGCUUACACUCCUAAUAAAAAGUCAAGGAUUUACAGCAUGACACUCCGACUUUCUGCACUAUUUGAAACCCACAUUAAGAAAAUCAUCUCUGAAUACAAGGCUGCAGCACAGAAACAGGAAUAUAGAAAACGACUCAGGAGUACUAGCAGCUCGGUGUCCAGCAGUAGCAGGGCAUCAAGUCCAAAAGGAAAACUGAAACAAGUGAAGACCCAACCUGAGAUGAACCAAAAUACCUCACUGCCUUUAACGAGGAGUAGUUCUUCAAGGUCCUCUCAAGCAUCUGAUAUUAAUGAAGAGCCUGCAUGCCCACUAGUGGUAGAAGAGGGAGAGAGUCAGCCGUCUUCAUCAGGAGUCUGUGCACAGAAUGAGUUGAGAGGCACCCCAGAUGCUGGAAGUUCUAGAGUCACACGCAGCAAAGUCUCCCUUCUAAAGCAAGAUCCGUCCCCCGGUAGAUCGCUUUCUAAUGGGGAUGGCAGAAUAACCAGGACUACAGCUAAAAGGAGGUUAAUUUGCAAAUCAGAACAAGACGACGAAUCCUCAGGGGAAGAAGAAAAGAAACCAAAAUUGGAACGCAAAUCUUCAUUGUCUUCAUCGUCUUCUUCUUCAGAUGACAAAGGGUCAGGAUCCAAUUUGAGUUCUGAAAGUGAGUCUGAUUCUAAAUCAGAUUCAGAUUCUGAAUCCAGCAAUGAAAUAGACAAAGAUUAUGUAGAUGGUGAUCAUGACUACAGCAAAGUCAUACGCUCAAGACCAAAAAGAAAAGCAAAAUCAAAAGUUAGAAAUAAGAAGGGUAACAAAAAUCUGGCCAAACACCUCAAAGCAGUUGUCAGAAACACCAGAACUAAAAGUGCAGGUGUGAAUGAGGAUGAUUUUGAAAGACAGAUUAGCAAGCAGUCAAGAAUCCGAACUAGAAACCAGGGUAGAAGGACUGUUUUAUACAAUGAUGAGUCUGAUGAUGAUCGCUACAUACCUACUGAAGAUCCACUUAAUCUUGGUACUUCCAGGUCAGGCAGGGUACGGAAAAUGACAGAGAAGGCCAGAGUCAGCCAUCUAAUGGGCUGGAAUUAUUGAUAUUCAAAUCAUCAGAACUGCUUACAUGCAAGAAUAUUCAGCCUUUUACUGCAGGGAUUUUUCUUUUGAGUACAGAGAAUCGCAUAUGGUGUGGGGAACUCGUUCUGCAUUUCACAAUGGUGCUUCUGCAGUGUGCCAAUACGCACGUCAUAACUUUCAAGUUUCCAUACACUAUUAAGUAACCCUUACUCAUCAGGCCUAAAGUAUUUGAUAGCCACCCCACCCAGACACUACAGUGACAAGGGGCUUCCAGAUUCAAAGGUAGCAUGAAGUAUUUUGCAUACUUUAUUAAAUGUUGAGUCCCCUAAUGUAUUAUAUAUAGAAAGAGCACCUUCUUACAAUGUCUUUGUAUUUUAUACCAUUAGUUCCUUAAAUACAGUAAUAAUCAUGACUUUUGCACAACAUACCAGUCCUAAAGGCAGCUAUAAGAUGUUUACAGUUCCUUUAUCUUAAAUUUUGGCUAAUAUAUCUUAUCAGAUUGGGCUUGCAUCAGCUGUACUGUAUUACAUUCAUCAUCUUGAGAGCUUUGUAAAUCUCUCCAUUUUUAAAGCAUGCAGGGUGUGGUGCCUUUGUAAAUAUGUAAUUAAUAUUGAAGUGAUGUAUCAUAUUUUGUGCAUUACUUUAUAUAUAAUGAUUUACUUGAUGAAUAUAUCCUGAACAAAAAGGUGCCAACUGUUAAGUACUUGUCUAAGCCUUCAUAGCUUUUUGGUAAUCUUAUCUUCCAAAAUAUUAGUUCUGCAUAUGUUGUUGUAAUUAACUAAUUUCAGGUAUUGUUGUUUUUAAGAACAAAGUGAUAGUUUUUUUAAGAAAAAUCCUGAAGUGAUGCCCGCCCAAUCCGUUAGUAAGUUGUCAAGUUUUAGCCUAGUAGAGAAUUAAAUAUUCAUUGAUAUGGUUUAUGCAAAUUUAAAGGGAGGGGGACCAUUGUUUCUCCAACAUGACUGUAGCAUUGUAGAUGUAUAUGCCUACACUGCAGAUUUGUUAACUCACACCACAUCUCGCCUGUGGUCUGCAGAUGGAAAUUCUGUAUUUCUGAAGUAGCAUUAAUGUGUUCCAUGUCAUUUGUUUCUGGUGAGCUUACUUGUUUGCUUCAUGUGGACAUAUUUGGAGUUGAGCUACCUGCCUGGCAUCACCAUUUGACUCGCACUUGACUAGCAUGGAUUCUGCUUGUGACUAUUGAACAUUGUUUCAUAUACAAGGCGCACAGCUACCUCUGCCACUCACAAGUUUACUGGAAACUACAUAGGAAAUGACAACUGAGCAGUUGGUUAGAUAUGUCAGAAGCAUGGAUCACGGUAAUAGUAAUGGUCUACCACAGCACCUGUAGGCUGGAUGCGAUGAACUGCUUAAUUCUUGUUAAUGUAAAUUUCCACAUUUGACUGCUGGUGCAAUACAACCUUAUUGUUAAAAAUAUAAAAUUUAGAUUUUUGUAUACAUACAUGCACUUGUAUGUACUUGUGUGUGUGUGUAUAACUGUGUAUUUAGUACACAAACACCUAUACAUACCUCCUUUUCAUUUGUAAUGGCUCACUGUUGUAGGAGCAACACUUUUUUUUUAUACUGUAAAUAUUACUGCCAUGUGCCAUGCCCUUACUGACAAUUAAGAACCACUUAAGGGCAAGAAAAAGUUGCUCUAGAAUCUGAAUGCAGUAAUUUUAUGUAGCAAGAUGGUCUGGAAACACAUUUGCUGUGAUCAGCAUUGGGAUGAAAAGGAUAAACUGUGUACUGAGCUAAAACUUAUGUAUGUAAUUAGGAGAAAACAAUGCAUUUAGAAUUACAGAAAUAUUGAAAGGUUAAAAACUUGACUGUGUGAUAUAGGAAGACUCUGUUACACUUUUCCUUUUCUGUUUUGCACUUCUAGUUAAAGGCUCUGAAGAAUUUCAUUUAUGCAUGUGCACAGGGGGGGGAAAAACCUAUUUGGAAGCAUGUGGUGAUGUGAAUUAAGUAAUUCCCAGCCCCAUUACUAGGUGCUUCUCAGAAAUGAGCCUUAUAAAAAGGUUGUAGCAUUAAAAAGUCCACCCGUUUUUGUAUUUGAGUCUACACUACUCUGUACAUGGCAGACUGAUAGGUGGUUUAUCCUUUUGCUUUGCCCCCCACUCACUCUUUUUCCAGUUUUAGCCCCAGCUAUUAAUGCACCUUUCCUUCAGGCACUGUCUAGCUUAAAAUGUAGAUUUAUUGCUAAUUGUGUCCUGAAUUUUUUUUUCUUUUUGGCUGGAGGUUUAGAACUACAUUAAAUGUGCAUUAGACCUUAGGCAUCUCCUUCUUAUGUAGUGUAGUGUGUUAGUUUUUAUUCAGAAAACCUGCUGGCGUUAUAGUACUGGAAUUAAUGCUUAAUGGAACUUUUCUGUUGCUCAUUGUUUCCAGAAGUAGUUAUAUUAACUGAAGUUAAAUUCUGCUUAUAUUCUUAAUUGUGUUUUAGAGGGUAACCAAACUACUGGGUUAAUGAAGCUUGGCUUUGCACCAUAAUUAUUUUUUUAGAUUUAAAGCAGGUGGGAGCUGCAAUUAAGACAGCAUGGCUAAAGAUGGAAAAAAUUUCACUGGUAAUAUUUGUGGCUUCUGUGUAUAAUACUGUGAAAUUUCUAAAGAAACCACAGUUAGUUGUGGUGUGUAAGUAUUAGUCUUUAUCUUUAACAUAUUUUCUUAAAAUGUAUGUUUUUCUAGUGAUGCUGACAGCAGGGUGUGCUGGUACAAUCCUAGAUAAUUUUUAAUGUUUUAUGGCAGUAGUGCCAUAAAAGAUUUGAGGAACUAGCAGAAUUUCCUUAUUUUGCUGCAUGUUUUUUUUUCUAGUAUGAAGGAUUAUUGUUUCUUUUUUCACCUUAACAUUGAAAACUGUUUAGACCUUUUUAUUGGUGUUCUUUGUUAUAAUGAAAACUGUUAUAAUGUUGCCUCAUUAUGUGGAUGUUUUUAAGUGCUUUUAAGUUAUUAUUGUUAUUUUUAUGCUAACCUAGGAAAGAAAAGCAAGAGGUUGGGGCAGUGAAAACCUGAUCUUUCUGAUGAAUUCUGAGUUAUGUUGGAUGUUUGUGCUUCAUUGAUUGAAGUAAAAGCAGCCAAAAAUGUUACUGAACCUCAAGUCCAAGUGAUGCCUUGACCACACAGCAAUGUAAUGGGGUCAGUGGUGAUAUGCACAUUGUUGUUGGGUCUGUAAAUAUUGACCCCUCUCCCUGAUCAGUAGCAUCUCCUAGUGGAAGAAAAGCCACAUUUUAAUAGUUAAUUUGCACAGUAAGUUAUUUUUAAUUGUUGAUGGACCAUUUCCUCCUGGAUUUUUUCCUUUUAUAGGGGUGUGAUCUCUGGGAGACCUUACUGGCACUUUUCCCCAGUGUUGUUAACUGUUGUGUUUACUGGGAGGUAGGAAUGAUGCUACUGAUAACUGUGAUGUUGUAGGGGAGUGAUGUUUGGUCCUUAGUGCAUGCCCCCCACUUCCAUUGCGUCACCAGCACAGAAGUAAGGUGACCCAUUCUUUUGUUCACAGUAGCUAUAUAGUCCUCUUAGGGUAGCAUGGGGGAGUGUCUGACUUCCACCAGCAUACCAAAAAUAAAAUUUGGUAGCCUGUGACUUCCCUGGUGGUCAGCUGGUCAUUACAUUCUGAUUGUUUUCUUGGAGUAGUUGCUUUAAAUGCUGGUGCAAGUAGUCUGACUUUGAGUUCUGAGGGCACUGAAUGUAGUUGAUGAUGCCUAAUGCUCUUAAAACUCUAGUGCUCAGGCACAUAUAUGGGGUGCAGUAUUAACACUUGAGGUGCUCCAUUUUCAGCACAAAAGGCAUUUGGAUGCAUAAAGUUCAGUCAAAUCUGUUUCUUUUUUAGUAUAUUCAGGGGAGAUUAAGUUGGCCAAACCUUUUUCUUUUGGUGAUCUCAGGUCCCUUUUAAUAAAUAAAAAAACUUCAGGGAUUUUUUCAAGAUGCCAAUUGUUGGCAGACCAAAUGUAAUAUUUAUAUGCAAUGGAAUACUGUGGCUUUUAGUUACUUUUUUACUGUAAAAAGUGUAAAUUUGUAAAAUACAAAUUUCUGAGAUUUCUUGUUUUGAAUUUAUGUAAUUUAGGUUGUUUCGAUUUUCAAGUUCUAGGAUUGUCUUAAUAAAAAUGUAAACCACUA